UCCGAAUUCAAGACAUCUUCUUACGUGCUAAUGAGUUGGGGGAAAUAAGCUGCGCAAGCUCGAACAAAACGAGCCAGUUGAACAGUGGUGCCAAUCCUCAUGGGAGGAAGAUGAAAACUGCCAGGCUACCCUUGAUUAGACCAUCAUCUUUCUCAUCAGUCCAUAACCCUUUCUCUCAUGGUUCACCACACCAAAUCUUCCCGCAAAACGAAGACCACAACAGCAUUCACUGUAAUGCGACCACACUAUCUUCAGUUCUUCAACGUUACAUCAACUCCGAUAACCCCUUUUACGGCCAGAAGAUCCACGCCCAUAUUUUGAAAAGCGGUUUUAUACCCAAUACCAAUAUAUCCAUCAAACUUCUGAUUCUUAAUUUGAAAUGUGGGUGUCUGAAGUAUGCACGCCAAGUGUUUGAUGAAUUGCCUCGACGGACUCUUUCAGCUUAUAAUUAUAUGGUUGCUGGGUAUCUGAAUCAAGGAUUCGUUGCAGAAUCGAUUAAUUUGGUACAUAGGUUGAUUCUGGACGGUGAAAGGCCUGAUGGGUAUACGUAUUCGAUGAUUUUAAAGGCAUCUAAUUGUGGAGGUAGUGUGAGAUUGCCACCUAAUUUGGCGGGCGUGGUGCAUGCUCAGAUAGUUAAAUCGUAUGUUGAACCUGAUGAUGUUCUUUCUACAGCGCUUGUUGACGCGUAUGUGAAGAGUAGGAGGAUUGGUUUGGCAAGGAGAGUUUUUGAUAUGAUGAUAGAAAAGAACGUAAUCUGUUCAACAUCUAUGAUAUCUGGGUACAUGAACCAAGGCUCUCUAGAAAAUGCUGAAGAGAUUUUCAAGAAGACUGUUGAAAAAGAUAUAGUGGUUUUCAACGCAAUGAUAGAAGGUUAUAGUAAAUCACUUGAAACGGCUCUUAAAGCGCUUGAUGUUUAUGUUGAGAUGCAACGAUUAGGUUUUAGGCCUAAUCUGUCGACUUUUGCAAGUGUGGUUGGGGCUUGUUCUGUAAUGGCAGGGUUUGAGAUCGGUCAGCAAGUCCAGGCUCAGCUUCUGAAGAGUAAUUUCAUUAAUGACAUAAAAAUGGGUAGUGCUAUUAUAGACAUGUACUCAAAAUGUGGCAGAAUUGAGGAUGCACGGAGAGUUUUUGAUCACAUGCCUGAGAAGAAUGUGUUCUCAUGGACUUCCAUGAUUGAUGGAUAUGGAAAAAUAGGAAUGCCUAAUGAAGCACUUGAGCUAUUUCAUAUCAUGCAACAAUGUUGCGUUGAACCCAAUCAUGUUACAUUCCUUGGGGCUCUGUCUGCUUGUGCGCAUGCUGGCUUAGUUGCUAAGGGUCGUGAGAUUUUUGAGAGCAUGGAGAGAGAUUACUCAUUGAAACCAAGGAUGGAGCAUUAUGCUUGCAUAGUCGACUUGUUGGGGCGUGCAGGAAAUUUACUGCUAGCUUGGGAAUUUGUUGCAGGGAUGCCUGAGAAGCCAAAUUCUGAUGUUUGGGCAGCCUUGCUUAGCUCAUGUAAUCUUCAUGGCAACGUAGAAAUGGCAAGCAUAGCUGCGAAGGAACUUUUUAAGCUGAAUGCUGAAGGUCGGCCAGGUGCAUAUGUGGCGCUAUCUAAUACCUUGGCGGCUGCUGGGAAAUGGGAUAGUGUAAGUGAACUUAGGGAGAUUAUGAAGUCAAGAGGGAUAUUGAAAGGUACUGGCAGCAGUUGGAUUGGAACAGAAAGUUGUAGUGCAAGACCUAAAAGGUUGGCAAAAGAAGUAAACCAACAUUUUAAGUGAGAAGAAAUGAUUCCUUUCAAUGCUUUGUAUAGCAUUAUUCGUGAACCAUUGAGCAAAGCUCGCUUUGUUAUGAGGUUUUCCAGGUAUGUGGCGCUUUGCUUAGAAAAUGUCCCAUUUAUCAUUAAAGCUGCAAAAAAUACAUUGGUAACUUUAUAUUAUCAGCUUGCGGUGGCUUAUAGCUUUUGAAUGAUCGGGUUUUGGAUAAAGUGAUGAAUAUCAAGAAAAACACAGAUGAGUAGAGAUCAAAUGUUGGGGUUACAGAUUCUAUAGACGAACAUUGGUUGAGGACCCAAAGAUAUUCCCUUCAAGUGACAACAGGAUUAUGGACCUCCACGAUCUGUGUCCUAGUGCUCAAGACUUCAAGCUAACAAGUUGAUUGGAGAAACAAUUAGUUAAUGGGUUACUGUGGGAGUCACGAGUAAGGUUCAUACCCAUUUUCUUACUGAAUUUUGUUUCCCCAGUAGAUUACUGUUUGUAAUUAUUAUUGUGGUUGAUGCUGUUUCCUUUUUUGCACAGGAACUGCAUGAAAAUUGACUUGGAAGAUCUUUGGAGCAUGGACCAGAGGCGUUUUAGCUACCAGUACAGUUUCAUUCCAAAUAUUUAAGGAAUGAACAUUUAAAGUCCAUGACCAUGAGAAGAUGGAAGGCAAGAUUUUUACUUAUCUCCUUGAUUUAUGCGACUGCAACUGAUUGUAGUUCUCAUUUGGAGGAGACAGGAUCACAGGAAGGGUAUGUCUUGCUGGUGAAAGUAAUAUGAGCUAAGGGGGAAAAGAAAUUGCAAGGACAUGAUAAUGAAGCUUGUCCUAGACAAAAUUCUAAGGGGUUCAUUGUUUUACACCAGGAAACUAUCAUUAUCAGUGAAAAUGCGACUGCUGUGGCACCAAUCAUUGCAGUUGUGGUUGAUGAUUUCUAGGCCCAGUUCCAGCAAGUUAUGUUCUUAUGGGUGUCUUCGAGGAGCUUUUUGGACUGAGCUUUGGCUGGUCUUCAAGGUUUUCCUUUGUUUUUUCCUGUGCUUGUUGCAACUUCCUCUUGAAUCUUUUGGUUCUAGUGGGUUCUCAUCGAUGGUCGCCAGUGAUUUCUGGCGGAGCUCUGCGUUUGCUGGUCGUUGGUCUUAGGUGGUUUUCGCCCCUGAUUUCGGUGUAGCCCGAGGCUGUUUCAGAGAUGGUUCUAGUAGUUUCAAGUUGUGGACCUAGGAGAUGGUUAUGGGUAGGGCUAUUUAUGUUCUUGAUCUGUUAGCCCUUGGUGAGCUUUGUAUUUCGUUGUCUUUUUGGGCUUUUUAAUGUAAUAUUUGCAUGUUCAGUUUAAAGAAAAAAAAGUCUACACAUUAUUUCUCGGUC